GCGCACCAGACUACCGGUGCACAGUUCUCAGCUGAGCUCAAGCCAGACAGACCGAGUGAGCUAAAACUGCAGGGUUUAACUCCGGGAUGCAUCUGUGUGGCGUUUAAUAAACAACAACACUUUAUUUUAAAGCUAAAUAACGCGUUCAUCUCCACAGUUUGGACCGUUUGAAGAGCAGUUGUCCCCGUGUUUUUGUCCAAAACCGACGGACUUCUCGACACUGGAAGGACUUAAACUGAACUCAAGAUGUCAAUUUUGCCUUUCACUCCCCCCAUUGUCAAAAGACUUUUGGGCUGGAAGAAGGGAGAGCAGAACGGCCAGGAGGAGAAAUGGUGUGAAAAGGCGGUGAAAAGUCUGGUGAAGAAGCUGAAGAAGACGGGACAACUGGACGAGCUGGAGAAAGCCAUCACCACCCAGAAUAUCAACACAAAAUGCAUCACCAUACCGAGGUCUCUAGAUGGCCGUCUGCAGGUUUCCCACAGAAAAGGUCUACCCCACGUCAUUUACUGCCGUCUGUGGCGCUGGCCCGACCUGCAGUCCCACCAUGAGCUGCGAGCGGUGGAGCUGUGCGAGUACGCCUUCCACACGAAGAAGGAUGAAGUGUGUGUCAACCCAUACCAUUACCAGAGAGUAGAGACGCCAGUACUCCCACCAGUGCUGGUACCAAGACACACAGAAAUCCCCAGUGAGUUCCCUCCUCUGGAUGACUACAGCCAUUCAAUUCCAGAAAACACCAACUUCCCUGCUGGCAUUGAGCCCCAGAGCAACUACAUACCAGAAACGCCACCACCGGGCUACCUCAGUGAGGAUGGAGAGACCAGCGAUCACCAGAUGACGCACAGCAUGGACACAAGUUCCCCAAACCUGUCACCUAAUCCCGUUUCACCCACACACAGCAACUUAGAUCUUCAACCAGUGACAUACUGCGAGCCGGCAUUCUGGUGCUCUAUUUCCUACUACGAGUUGAACCAGCGAGUAGGAGAGACCUUCCACGCCUCACAGCCCUCGCUGACAGUGGAUGGCUUCACGGACCCCUCCAACUCAGAGCGCUUCUGCCUGGGCCUGUUGUCCAAUGUCAACCGCAACGCAGCUGUGGAGUUAACACGCAGACAUAUCGGCCGUGGAGUACGGCUGUACUACAUUGGAGGAGAAGUGUUUGCUGAGUGUCUCAGCGACAGCGCCAUCUUUGUCCAGAGCCCCAACUGUAACCAACGCUAUGGCUGGCACCCCGCCACAGUCUGCAAGAUUCCUCCAGGAUGUAACCUGAAGAUCUUCAACAACCAGGAGUUUGCUGCCCUGCUCGCCCAGUCUGUCAACCAGGGGUUUGAGGCUGUGUACCAGCUCACCAGGAUGUGCACCAUUCGCAUGAGCUUUGUCAAAGGCUGGGGAGCUGAGUACAGGCGACAGACAGUGACCAGCACCCCCUGCUGGAUCGAGCUGCACCUGAACGGCCCCCUGCAGUGGCUCGACAAAGUGCUCACACAAAUGGGGUCCCCAAGCAUCCGCUGCUCCAGCGUCUCUUAGGAAAACCCUACAUCCGUUCACUUUCUGUACACCACGUCUCCUGUCAGUGACUCAAACCACACAGACAGCAUGCGGACAAUAAUGGCUACACGAGUACGGAAAGACGAUGAGUGUGUAACUUAGUGUCUGUAACUUAGUCCUUCCUCCCCACCAGCUGUCAGUAGCACUUUUUUAUAUACAUGUAUUUUGUCGCAAAAGGGGACAAGUGCAGUAAAUCAGUACCAUGUUAGUAUGAUUUCCACAUUUUGUCUAUUAUUUUGGCAUCUAAGAGCCAGAAAGGCUGCAGCGAUGGGAUGGUAUUUUUUUUCCCCAAUUAAGAGAUUCUUAUUUUCUUUCCUUAUUUUUCAUGAUUUUUUUUUACAUUUUUUUUGUACAGUUGUUAAAGUGGAUUGCAAGAAAUGAAUAACCCUUUUUUAAGCAUUAAUAACAAUUUUGUAAAGCAUGUGUAAGAUCAUGUUAAAUACAUUUCACUUGACUUUGUUUCUGUUUAUUUGGGCAUUUGAUAGGUUAUGAAGAAAUUUACAAAUGUGAUCCAGUGAUAAUAUAAUGGAAAUGUUCAACCACCAUUUGUAAACACUGUGUGAAGGAAUAUACUGUAAAUCUAGCAGGAAUAUUUGUUUAGGUUUUCAUACUGUCAUUGUAUGCAGCCUAUGUUACUCUGACAAGACAAAUAACUGCACAUUUGAGUGUCAGACAGAAACAAAUGAUAAAGAAAGGAAAUUGUCGAACUAUAGAUAAAACGUUUUUCCCCUCUAAUAGCUGAAAACCAUAGACUGGUUUGAACUGUGGGCCAGAUUACUCUGACAAAGCAGUCUGAUGCUUCAAGAGACCAUAGAGCAGACGGGGUACAACUCUUAAAACCCAUAUAUAAGUACUUAACGAUGACGGCGUUCAUUAAAUGUCAUGAUGAGGAGGAUGCACUUUUGUAAAAUGUUAAUAGUCUAGUGAAGCGAUGCUGACAAAGUACAUUCAAUGGCUGUUGUAGUUCACAGCUACAAUAGUUCUUGUCACAGGGUUAUAUGAAAUAUAUCCUGCAUUAAUUUCAGGAAGCUUUGCCAAUUUGCAAAAUACCUUUGCAGCAUUGUAUUGUGUAGUAGGUAGUAUAUAAUAGGCAUUUACACAGAACUUGAAAACAUCUUACAUACUGUACUACUCUGCAAACUUUUAGAGUUGAACACACAAAAUGUUGUUGGAAUACAUGUGUGACAUAGGAACUCUGCAGAAGGCUGUGUAAAGAGAGCAGGAAGAUGCCUUUGCUUUUUUAAUUUUCUCUCUCAGCAGUCCAUAACAUUGGUCUUAUUUUUGGCCAUCAGUAAUAUUGACAUUUUGCACACUCAGGACCGUAAAAAAAACAAAAAAAUAACAUCUGAGUUAUGUACAGAAAACGGUGAAAAGGACAGAUGCAUGACUCUUGAGACGUUAAAGUCUAUUUUGCUACCAAUUAUUUUUGUAGGACAAUAAGGUGAUAAUGUGGUGAUGACUUUGUCCGCUCCAAGUGUUUUUGCAUGAAAUGACAUGAAAUAUUGCUAGCAGGUCUGGAGAAACUACCCUUGUGUUUUGGGUUUUUUUUUUUUUACCUGUGAAGAUGAGGCAGUUUCAGCAAAAAGCACAGCUCUUUACAAAGGGAAAUGUUUAGAUAGAUAGAGGCAUGUAAAUAACAGUAGCUUCUCAAGAUCUGAUGUCCCCAUUUUUUAUACUAUUAACCUUUAUAAUGUUAAUGGUUUUGUACACAGGAGAACAAAAAAGAAGUUCCGAAAUAAAAUAAAAAAAGCUAUUGUUGAAAUAGAAAAACAAAGUAGUAGCUUUGGCCCCGUUUCCUUUCAGCCACCCACUGUGAUGGAAGUGGAUCGAUUUCCUUCUGUUUCUAUAACACUAGACAAAGACACAGCGGGUGAACAUGGACAAUAUUUGAAGUCUUUUUACAGUACUUAUUUACAUUAACCCAGCUUUUGAUGUUAAUGCCAGCCUAGUGGUGCUAAUCUUUAACAUUUUAGGGAAUCAAGAGAACCACAAAGCCAUAAGACUUUACUCUUAAAGCUGGUAGAUUUUGAUUUCUAUUAAACAAUGAAUGACUUUUAAACCUUCAACUGUAGUGUGGGGUAGUUUCAGAAACAGUAGCAUCUACCAAUCUGAGACAAGACAGCUCUUUGUAGAGCUUCUAGUGUCCUUGACCACAGCAGUCCUCAUCCUAGUGGACUCUUUAACCCCAUGGUCAGUGUAAUUACCAAGUAGGUAAUAUUUUGCAAGCAAAUUUGUCAAUUUUUAUACACUCUUCAAGUUAUAAUGCUUGUGCUUUUCCCCCUUGUUUAAAUUGUUCACUGUAAAUGUUAUUAUUAGUUGUGAUUCAUGUUUUUGUGCUCCGAAUUGAUCGUUUUAGAUGUCUUGUAUAAAAGUAUACCCUUUAUUUUUCUCUGCCUAUAAAAAGUUGAUGUGAUGCUUUA